CCCCCGCGGGAGCCAGGGACCGCGGCGUCCGAGCGGGCGGGAUUCGCGCCUGGCCAGGCACGGUCCGAAGUCCGCGCUAUGGGAGAAGAGAAAUACUUGCCUGAGCUGAUGGCAGAGAAGGAUAGCCUGGAUCCAUCUUUUGUGCACGCGUCGCGCCUUCUGGCGGAAGAAAUUGAGAAAUUUCAAGGUUCAGAUGGAAAAAAGGAAGACGAAGAAAAGAAAUAUCUCGAUGUCAUCAGCAACAAAAACAUAAAGCUUUCUGAAAGAGUAUUGAUCCCUGUGAAACAAUACCCAAAGUUCAAUUUUGUUGGGAAAUUGCUUGGACCAAGAGGAAACUCCUUGAAGAGGUUACAGGAAGAAACAGGUGCUAAGAUGUCUAUCUUGGGCAAAGGAUCGAUGCGCGAUAAAGCAAAGGAAGAAGAGUUGAGGAAGAGUGGGGAGGCCAAAUAUGCACACCUGAGCGACGAGCUGCAUGUAUUAAUUGAAGUGUUUGCUCCACCUGGGGAAGCUUAUUCACGGAUGAGUCACGCCUUGGAGGAGAUUAAAAAAUUCCUGGUUCCUGACUAUAAUGAUGAAAUUCGCCAAGAACAGCUCCGGGAGUUGUCUUACUUAAAUGGCUCCGAAGAGUCUGGCCGUGGCCGAGGUCUUAGAGGCAGAGGAAUCAGAAUUACUCCCAUAGCUCCUUCAAGGGGCCGUGGGGGUGCUGUUCCUCCACCACCACCACCUGGACGCGGUGUUCUUGCCCCUCGGGGGACCACUGUUACCCGUGGAGCUCUUCCAGUGCCCCCAAUAGCAAGAGGUGUCCCUACACCUCGUUCCAGGGGGACAGCAGCUGUACCAGGAUAUAGAGCACCCCCACCUCCAGCCCAUGAGGCUUAUGAAGAAUAUGGGUACGAUGAUGGCUACGGGGGUGAAUAUGAUGACCAGACCUACGAGGCUUACGAUAACAGCUACGUGACCCCGACACAAAGUGUGCCUGAAUACUAUGACUACGGUCAUGGAGUAAAUGAGGAUGCCUAUGACAGCUACGCAACGGAAGAAUGGGCCACAACUCGUUCCAGCCUGAAGGCACCACCAUCAAGGUCAGCCAGAGGGGGAUACAGGGAACACCCCUAUGGUAGAUAUUGAAGGUCCUCUUCACCUGUGACCUCCUGAAAGACAGUUCAUAGCCUCUGGUCUCCACAUAAACAGCAACAAGACAAGUAAUAGUUCUUUUUUUGUUUGUUUGUUUUUUCUAUCUAGGGAUAUCUGUUCAUAAUUCCCCCCACCUAUUUCUUGUAUUCCCCCUAUACUGUUACAUGACAAUGACGCUAGUCUUAUUUUACAAAACAGACUGAAAAACUCAUUGGCAAGCAUAGUUUAUAAACCACUGAGUAGGAUGA